CUCCAAUUCGUCGCGUGCCUGCGUUGCCUUUGAAUUUUUGGCCGACAGACACACGGACUGACGGCGCAGUGUACAGUCCAGCAUCGCUUUUCUUCCUUUCUUUCCUCGAAGAACCCACCGUCUUUUCUUCUGAUACCCUCUCUCCACCACAUCAGAAUGGACACCGAUUUCCUUCCCCCUCACGCACCCCUGAGAUGUGCUGCAUCGCACCGCUUCUCCCACGCCACCUGGCACCAGUCGAUCACCCUCCCUUCCUCCUCCUCGUCGCGCCCAACGUACGUCACCCACCUGCUUCCCUUGAGCAACGGCGAUGGCGACGACUCUGUUCCGAUGGGCGGGCUUCUGGCCCUCACAAGUGACGGGGAUUGUCACUUGCUCGAUGCAGAGUCUCUUCAGCCUGUCGACUCGUGGCACCUCCCUGGCGCUGGGGGAAUGAAGGGAGCUUUAGCGCCUUCGGGGAAGGUUAGUUUGACGAAUGUGGCCAAGGCACCACAAGGAGCAGGAGCAGGAGCAGGGCAGACGGCAGGGCUUUGGGGCGUGACUGAUCGGACGGGAAGGGCGAGCCUGUUUGAUGGGAGGGACGCGAAUGGGCGAAGGAGGAUUGGGGCGAGUCAGAGUAUGCAGGUGCAAACUCCUACCUCUUCACCGCUCCUCUCCCUCUCCUUCUCCCCCUCUACUAGCUCAGCCGCCCCCCUCCUCGCACUGGGCCACGAGCUGCAAAGCUUCGAUGCUCCCAUCUACCUCUACGACCUGCGCAACCCCUCUGCACCUGUGAUCACGUACGAUCAGUCACAUAGCGACGACGUGACUUUCCUGUGCUUCCAUCCGGAGAAGGAAGGUGUGUUGCUCAGUGGUAGCACCGAUGGAUUGAUGACGGUGUACGAUGUGAGGAAGGGAGCAGAUGAAGACGAUGCUGUGUUGAGCGCGGCGAAUAGCGGGGCGAGCCUGGCAAGAGGAGGGUGGUUGCCGGGCCUGAUGGCGGCGGGCGCGGGUGAGGGUGACGGGAUGCAGGUAGAUGGAGGAGAUGAGGAGAAUGAAGCGACAGCGGCGGUUAAGGCGAUGGCACUGGGAGGGAUCUGGGGGGUGAGCGAUAUGCAGACGGCAGGCGUGUGGGACGCCGCUUCGACCGACCCCAUCCUCCCACCCCUAUCCGCCCUCCCCGGCUCCACCUCGAUACCAGCUCCAUCCUCCUCCUCUUCCUCAAGCGUCGCUCGACAAUACCAGGCAGACUACAUCAUCGACGGUUUUGCCUCCUCCUCCUCCUCUUCGUGCAGCAGCAGCUUGCCCCGUCUGCAACUAGCAACAGGCGACCAAUCCGGCUCCUUCACGCUCUGCACUCUCCCCACUUCCCGCACCCUCACAGAGCAACAAGCCCGCUCCACCCCUUGGACGGUCAACGCCUUCUUCCCCUCGUUGGCGGAUAGCGCAAGAGGAGGGCACGAGGAUAUUGUGCGCUCCGUCUGCUUUUCCUCUUCUGGCAGUGGUGGGGUGGCAAGGAGACUGGCGUGGUCAGGCGGGGAGGACGGAAGGGUUGUGGCUUGGAGUUUCCAGGAUUACGAGGGGGACGAGGAGGAGAAUGAGGGGGGACAGGCGGGGGACGAUGGGAGAAUGAGCGCUUUGCCUUCUUGGGCUGUUGGUGGCUCUGCUGGAGCUAGUGGGGAGGGUGGAGUAGCAAGAAGAGGAGGAGGAGGAGGAGUGGGAGGGCAGCGAAGAGGUGGUGGAGCCUCGUCCUCAUCUCCGUCGCCUGCAGCGAAUGGAGGGCGGUUCAGGCCUUAUGGUUGAUGUACAAGGAUCGUUGGGUAUCGUCUAAUGUCACACACGCACACACGCACUCUUCCCCGCCUCAUCCCUGCUCCUCUUGUGCCGCCCGUCGCUCCAUCUUGGCCACUGUGCGCUCCAUAUCGUUAAGCGCUUCGUCCCACUGAAUGUAAAGGCGGGAGAGGCCGUCGAUAAAUCCCUGAUACUCCUCCAAAAUCCCCAACAGCUGAUCCUCUACCUCCCUCAAUCGAGGCUGCAUUUCCCCCUCGCCCGUACUCCUCAACCUUUCCAAUAACGGCAUCAACACCUCAUACUCGCCCAA